AUGAAAGAGGCGGAUAGACACACAUUGGAACGUGAGACAAUGCAGCAAGCGAAUAGUCAAAGGGCUCAGACAUCAUGCAAAUCCACGGUUUAUGAUAUUUUAUACAAUAAUCCUACUUCAAAAUCACUUAUUUAUGGUAAACAGACUGAAGAAACUGCACUAAAAUGUCUAGAAUUAAAAAUAAACUGUAAAAUUCAGAAAUGUGGCCUAUUUAUUGAUAAGUUCAUACCAUAUUUGGCAGCAACACCAGAUGGUUUAAUUGGAAGCAACUCAAUCGCCGAAAUAAAAUGCCCUUAUUCGGUAAAAGACAGUGACACUUUGGAGCAAGCUUUACAAGAAAAAAAGCUUCCUUACAUAUGUGAAAUAAACGGUGUCUAUCAAUUAAAGAAAGACAAUCUUUAUUAUUUUCAAAUACAGGGCCAAAUGCACAUCACAGAACGUCACAAGUGUUAUUUUUUUAUUUAUACACCUGAAUGGACACAUUUAGAAAUUAUACACUAUGAUAACGUUUUUUGGAGUACAACAAUGAAAAAAAAAUUAAAAUUAUUUUACGAAGAAUGUUUACUUCGGGAAAUUAUCGACCCUCAAUAUAGUAAACGACUGUUGAAAAGCGACAUAUAUGAACCUGCGCACAUCAGAGAAUAUAUCGAAAAUUAUAAAAAAAUUAAAAAUAAUAAAUUGGGUAACAAAUGA